AUGUCACCUUCCGCUAUCGCAACCAUUGAAACAACACCGAGUCUUACAAGUAUUCAUUCGUACUAUGAGAAUUCGAAGAGUUCUUAUAUUAAACACUUUAAUGAACAUUACAACCAUGGCGUGAACACACCAAAGAGGUUGAUUGGAGAAGCUCUGAAGGAAAGGGUCGAAAGCAUCGAUCAUGACGUCUGCGAGCCAGGAGACGAAGAUACAUUCUUCGUAGCUGAUCUCGGCGAGGUCUAUCGGCAGCACAUGAGAUGGAAGUUGAAUUUGCCAAGAGUCAAGCCUUUCUAUGCUGUCAAGUGCAACCCUGACCCCCAAGUCAUCCGUCUUCUGGCAGAGCUUGGAACAGGGUUUGACUGUGCCUCUAAAGGCGAAAUUGAACAAGUUCUGAAGAUGGAUGUUGACCCGAGUCGUAUUAUCUACGCUCAACCAUGCAAGACCAACUCUUAUGUCCGCUACGCUGCGAGCCAGGGUGUCAAGAAGAUGACCUUCGACAAUACGGAUGAACUUUACAAGAUAAAGACGCUUUACCCCGGAGCUGAGCUUUUCUUGCGAAUCUCUACAGACGACUCCUCAAGCUUGUGCCGUUUGAGUCUCAAAUUUGGAGCUGCUAUGGAUUCUACCGAGGAUCUUCUCGCUCUCGCAAAGGAGUUGAAUCUCAAUGUCGUUGGAGUCAGCUUCCACGUUGGCUCUGGCGCUUCUGAUCCUCUCGCAUUCUUGAAAGCUGUUCAGGACGCUCGCAAGGUCUUCGACCAAGCUGCUCGGUACGGCUUCUUUAUGCACACUCUCGACGUUGGUGGCGGCUUCUCCAGCGAGACCUUCGAAGUCAUGGCUGGUGUGCUCAGCGAGGCUCUGGACAAAUACAUUCCAGGACACGUCAGCGUCAUCGGCGAGCCGGGUCGCUACUACGUUGCCGCCGCUUUCACUUUGGCUUGUCACAUUAUCUCUCGUCGCACCAUUGAGCACUCAGGUAACGGCGAGAAGAGCUACAUGGUCUACUUGAAUGAUGGUCUCUACGGCAACUUUUCCAGCAUCAUGUUCGACCACCAAAACCCCAUCGCACAAGUCCUUCGCAGCGGUGAACGAACUUACUUCGACACCAGCGCUGCUCAAGAUUCUACUGAUGGCAUUGAGUACUCCAUCUGGGGUCCGACAUGCGAUGGCAUUGACCGCAUCGCUGAGAGCAUCCGCUUCGGCCAUACCCUCGAUGUCGGCGAUUGGCUCUACUUCGAAAACAUGGGUGCAUACACCAAGUGCUCUGCUACCAGAUUCAAUGGCUUUACCGAUGCUCACGAUGUCAUCUACGUUGCCAGCGAGCCAGGAGCAAAGGCGCUCCUGGGAAUGUAA